UUGAGCAAUAUUUUUGUGAAUAUAAUAAAUUUUAAUGGAAGAGCAGCCGUUAAUUGAAUCUCCAAUAUAUCCAGUAAACAUAAAUAACAUUUCUGUACCCAACGAUGAGGCCUUAAAACGUGUAUACGAUGUUUACAAGCCUUCGUCACAGACAAUACAACUUAUAAGUGAACGUGGCCGUUCGGUGUAUGCAGAGGCAUUCUUCGAAAAUGAUAAUCUUGAUACUUUAGUGAAUUUAUGUGUACGUGUCUUGGCUCAGUCAUUUGGACCACAACCCAUGCCCAUAGUAGCCUGCGAUCCCCAACUAUUAAAAGUUCAUUAUGAUGCUUUAGAUGUGGAUCUACCUUUGGCGAAAUGUUAUCACAUAUCCGAAGAGCGUUUUUGGAAGAGGGUAGUACUAACUAAACACAAAGAUAAAUCUUUGAGGGCCAAACGUAAUGUUAAUUGGAAAAAUGUGGGCGUUUCACUUAAGUAUGUGGAAUUAGUAGAAGAAUGUCCGGCAGAAUAUUGGCACGAAGAAGAAAUGAAAGAGUUGGCUUUAAAAGUUAAAGAAUUUGUUAGCGAAAUGCACAUAAAACGUUUACAAUCUUUAAAAGAACGUUCUUUUGAAAAGUAUUUUCAAUCAGAAUCAGAAACUUCCUCGGAGGAAGUAACUAGCGAUGCAGACAGUGAAUCUUUGAUAACCACCUCCACUGAAGAUGAAAUAGAUGGAAUAGCAAUAGCUGAAGACAACAAAACGCAGUCCCAAUUAGAGAUUGAAAAAGAAUUGUCAAACAAGAAGGCACAACGGAAAAAAGAACGUCAAGAAUUAAGAGAAGCUAAACAAAAGGCUCAGGAAGCCAAAGAGGCUAAACGAAAACGCCACGAGGCCCGACGAGCUACCAAAGAGAUAGCUGUAAAAAAAGUCAUUAAGAAAAUACCGGACAAUGUUUUCGAUAUUGAACUUUCAGAAAGCGAAGAUGAUGGAGAAGAUCGUAUCAUAGAUAAACGUAACAAGUCUUUGUUAUUGAGGCACUUAAAAAAAUACAAAUAUCCGGCCCAGGAUUGUCAUCAUAUAGAUUUAAGUUUUGUGCAAUAUUUUACAAAUCUACAGAUAUUUAUUAUUGAAUUUUGGGGACCUUUACAGCAACGUAAUUAUCAUGUGAAACACAUGAAUUUCUCUUAUGAUGAUAUCAAGAAUUUGGCAGUUGGUUUAAGUCAUUUGCCACAACUGCACACAUUCCGUUUACGCAAUAGCCGCAUGGAUUACGAAAAACUUGCAACACUUUGCCGCGCCUUGGGAGUAUUACUAAAUUUAGAAACUUUAGAUUUUGGUUUUGAUCAAUUAGGAGAUGAUUGUGGUUUAGCCUUUGGACAACUUUUUGCAGCUACUAAAUCAUUGCGUAACUUGGAAUUAGAAUUGAAUAAAUUGGGAGAACAAGUUUUGAGUGAAUUGGGAAAAGCUUUAAAAAAUUACAAAGCUAAUGAGCUUUUAUAUUUGGGUUUGGCACGUAAUCCCAUAACUGAUAAAGCUUUACAUGCCUUUAUACCAAAAAUAAUAGGCACAAAUCAUAUAGCUCAGCUAAAUAUCAGAGGUGUCAAAUUUAUAACCGAUAAGGGUUUAUGUUGUUGUGUAGCCAAUGAGUUACUGAGGCAACAUCCAGCUUUAAUUAAACUAGAUAUUUGUGCCAUUAAAAUUUCACUCAGGGCUGCAAAUGAAAUCCUCAAGUCCCUGGCUGAAAAUAAGAAAAUUUUGGAGAUUUACUGCUGUGGCUGUGAGUUGGAUGAGGAAUCGGAAAUAGAUUUAAAUGUUUUGCUGCAACGUAAUAAAUAUAUUGCGGAAAAUGAUUAUUUGGGCGAUUCAACAAAAUCUAAUGAAGAAAUUGAACAGUGGUUGAAUAGAACAAGAAAUCCCAUCCUGUUAAAUGUUUUAGCUGAAAGAGAAAAACAACAAAACUGCUUGGAAAAUCGUUCAAUAGAAUUAAUACCAUCAUCAGUUUUAAAUUCAGAAACGGGCAGUAGUCAGUACGCAUCUCAAGAUAUAAUUACCCAAAUGUAUGAAACACAUCUAAAAGAAUAUUCCAGUACAGAAAUUGAAGUAGCAGCCUCACAGAAACCAAAACGAUUUAUUUAUCCCUCCAAUGAAUUUGAUGAGCAUGAAUUCUUGCAACAUGUUUCCCAGCCUGGACCACAAGAGCGUUAUUAUUAUUUUAAAAUGCGUAAACAAAAUUAUGCGAUAAAAGACAGUGUAAAAAAUAUAUCCAUGAUUUGAUUUAGAGCAAUAAUAAUGCUAGUAUGUUGUAUAAAGAAAAUUAUUCGAAUAUUGGAUAUUAAAUUCGUAUAAUCGAUAGUAAAUGAAAUUUCUAUAGUAACUUGUUUUUGUUGAUGGCUUGUCCUAUGUUUGUUAUUUUAUAAUAAUUUUUAUUGUAAAACUUUCUUUUUGUUUAUAUUUUGUGAUAAAAAAGGAAAUUUAUUUAAAAAGAAAAUAAUAAUAAUUACAAAUUGUCAAUAUAUUUUGUUAUCAAAAUAUUUGUAUUGUUCCUAAAUUAUUCUAACACUAUAAAUAUUUCGCUAAUUUUACUAUAUUUGUUAAAUAAAUUGUGAAAAAAAGACUAAAUAUUAUAUUUACAUAUA